AUGGACCCACUCAGGGCCCAGCAGCUGGCCGCGGAGCUGGAGGUAGAGAUGAUGGCCGACAUGUACAACAGAAUGACCAGCGCCUGCCACCGGAAGUGCGUGCCUCCCCACUACAAGGAAGCAGAGCUGUCCAAGGGCGAGUCCGUGUGCCUAGACCGGUGUGUCUCCAAGUACCUGGACAUCCAUGAGCGGAUGGGCAAGAAGCUGACAGAGCUCUCUAUGCAGGAUGAGGAGCUGAUGAAGAGGGUGCAGCAGAGCUCUGGGCCUGUGUGA